GACGUCUAAGGCACGGUAAAAAAGGCAUACCUUCGGUCGAAGUAUGCCCGCUCCAAAAAUUCCCGUGCUCCCUCCUCUAUUGUAAACCACGUGGAAUUAAUAAUUUAUAUAAGGCAAAAGCUACGGACACAACGCUCAACAUUUACUAG